ACUAGCCUGAGAAAAUGAGUGGUAUGUGUAUUGCAUUUGUGAGGUGAUAAGGGUUCAUUAAUCGGAUCAUCAACUUCUACAUGUUCUAGAAGAACUGGCUACAUUAAAUAGAGAUAACCAUGCCUGAGUACUGCCCAAGAUGUGAUAGACCUGUUUACUUUGCUGAAGAAAUUGUAGCUAUUAGCAAAAAAUGGCAUAAGUUGUGUUUCAAAUGUGGUAAUUGUAACAAGCUGUUGGACAGUACUACUUGUACAGGGCAUGAUGGGGAUGCCUUCUGUAAAGCCUGCUAUGGAAAGCUGUUUGGACCAAAAGGAUAUGGAUUUGCAUCUGGUGCCAGCGGACUUUCUAUGGACACAGGCAGACCAUACCAUGUCACAAGAGAUAAUGUAUCACACAUACAGACAGCCCAAAUAGCUCCAAAGUUAAACGGAACAGAGAAGCCCAGGUUUGGAUCAGCUAAUGGUUGUCCUCGGUGUGGUAAACAGGUCUACUUUGCUGAGGAAAAAAGAGCACUAGGAAAAAAGUGGCACAAAAUUUGUCUAAAUUGUCAUAGUUGUAAGAAGCUAUUAGACAGUACAACAUGUAACGAUCACGACGGAGAGAUUUAUUGUAAGGCUUGUUACGGUAAAAGUUUUGGACCUAAAGGUUACGGAUUUGCAGGUGGAGCCUCUGGAUUAAACAUGGAUACUGGCGUUAAAGGGGAGAUUACUACAAGGGAUGUAUCUACUUAUCAGAAGGCCCAGGCUGCCCCUUUGAUCAAUGGAAAUGAAAAGUUUGGAGGGGGAAACAUGUGUCCUAAGUGUGGAAAAUCUGUUUACUUUGCUGAGGAAGUCAAUGCCAUGGGCAAGAAAUACCACAAGCUUUGCCUAAGAUGUGGUAACUGUAACAAGAUGUUAGAUAGUACUACCUGUACAGAUCAUGGCAAUGAUGUUUACUGUAAGAAUUGUUAUGGAAAGCUGUUUGGACCUAAAGGAUAUGGAUUUGCUGGAGGAGCGUCUGGACUCUCCAUGGACACAGGAAAUCCUGAUGAAGUUACUCGAGAAAAUGUAUCCAGCUUAUGUAUUGCCCAGGCUGCACCACUGCUUCCUGAUACCAAACAAAAUGCUGUAAUAGGGGGUGGGGACAUUUGUCCUAGGUGUGGCAAAGCUGUUUACUUUGCAGAGAAAGUAUUUGGAGGAGGACAGACAUAUCACAAGAGUUGUUUUAAAUGUACUGCCUGUGGGAAAGGACUGGAUUCUACUACACUCACCCAUAAAGAAGAUGAAGUCUUUUGUAGAUCGUGUUAUGCAAAAUAUUUUGGACCAAAAGGAUUUGGAUUUGGACAAACUCUUCAGCAUACAGGAUAAAAUAGAAUAAGUGGAAUACAAAAGAUGUUAUAUCUUCUCAAGAAAAUCAAACCUGGCAUUAUCACAGAUUAGUUUAAAUGGACAGGAUGUCUUUAACAAAUUUAACCUUAUGCACAAAAUGUUUGUAAGUUUUGGUUUUUAAUACAUGAAGAUAUUUUUGUAUAAGUUAACAUUGAUGUUUAUUGGACUGAUGUUUUAUGCAUAUGAAAAUGUCAAAUAUAUUUGAAUGAAAUUUCUUCUUUUUUAUUUUACUGAAUUUUUUAGUCAUGUAUCUUUUAGCUGCCUACAUUUUACAGAUUAUAUGCAUAUAGGUUAAAUUGUUUUUAAAAGAAUCUCAAAAAGUUUUUUUUUUAAAUGCCUAAAAAUGGUACUGGUAAUUUAAAUGAUUCUUUGACUGUUUGGUUUAAUAACUAACAACACAA